AUGGAGGAUUACUACAAGAAUGUUGAGGUGAAAGCCGAAAGCAGGACAGUAGCAGUCGGGCCGUGUCAGCUUGUGCCUUGUGUCUCCCCCUGGCAGACCCCAGAAGAAAUAGAGAGGCUGACGGUGGACGAAGAACUCAAUGAUAUCGAGAGGGCUGUUUACCUGCUCAGCUCUGGUCAAGAUAUCCAAGGAACAAGUGUGGUUGCAAAUCUUCCAGUCCUUAUGCGACAGAAUCCUGCAGAGACACUUCGGAGGGUUUUGCCAAAAAUCAGAGAAGUCCUGCAUGUUGCAGGGGUGGAAAUGCAGUUAACAGCUGCUGUUUCAUUUUUGACUAUUCUGCAAGAGGAGUCAGUGUCCAUUCAUACCUACUCCCACUCCUUCCUACACAUCAUUCUACAGAAUGUGGAACACAGGGAUUCAGGUGUCAGCAAUGCAUGGCUGGAGACUCUUCUUGCUGUGAUAGAAACAUUGCCAAAAGAAACCAUCAGACAUGAGAUCCUGAAUCCACUUGUUUCCAAGGCACAGCUUUCCCAAACACUUCAGUCCCGCUUAGUUAGUUGUAAAAUAUUGGGAAAAUUAGCUAACAAAUUUGAAGCUCAUAUUAUUAAAAGGGAAAUUCUUCCAUUGGUAAAAUCACUCUGUCAGGAUGUAGAAUAUGAAGUUCGAUCCUGCAUGUGUCGGCAACUGGAACAUAUAGCUCAAGGAAUAGGGACAGAACUAACAAAAAAUGUGGUACUUCCUGAAUUAGUAGAAUUAGCACGAGAUGAAGGGAGCAGCGUGCGUCUUGCAGCAUUCGAGACUUUAGUUAAUUUGCUUGAAAUGUUUGAUGCAGAUGACAGGAGUCAAACUGUGCUCCCCUUAGUGAAAUCGUUCUGUGAAAAAUCCUUCAAAGCAGAUGAAUCUAUUCUUGUUUCUUUGUCUUUCCAUUUGGGGAAACUGUGUAAUGGACUAUAUGGAAUUUUUACUCCGGAGCAACAUUUGCGAUUUUUGGAAUUUUAUAAGAAACUUUGCACGCUGGGUUUGCAGCAGGAAAAUGGACACAGUGAUAAUCAGAUACAAUUUCAAACAUUAGAACAGGAAAAGAAGUAUAUAUCAGUGAGGAAGAAUUGUGCUUACAACUUUCCAGCAAUGAUUGUUUUUGUGGAUCCAAAAAAUUUCCAUUUGGAACUAUACUCCACGUUCUUCUGUCUUUGUCAUGACCCUGAAGUGCCAGUCAGAUAUACUAUGGCUGUUGGCUUCUAUGAAGUUGCUAAGAUUUUAAAUUCGGGUGUGUAUGCAAUACACAAAGAACUAGUAACGCUAUUACAGGAUGAGUCACUGGAGGUAUUAGAUGCACUAAUAGGUCACCUUCCUGAAAUCCUUGAACUUAUGACUACUGUUGGAGAAAACAGUGGAUCAGAAAGCAAGUUAUUGACUGUCCCUGACUUGAUUCCAGCGCUAACAACAGCAGAACAGAGAGCAGCAACCUCUUUAAAGUGGAGAACUCAUGAGAAGUUACUACAAAAAUAUGCAUGCCUGCCUCAUAUCAUAUCGAGUGAUCAGAUUUAUUACCGUUUUCUGCACAGAAUGUUGACAAUCAUUAUGACAAAUAAUGUGCUACCUGUUCAAAAAGCAGCUGCUCGUACUCUGUGUGUUUACUUACGCUAUAAUCGCAAACAGGAACAGAGGCAUGAGGUUAUUCAGAAAUUAAUUGAACAACUGGGCCAAGGGAAAAGUUACUGGAAUAGACUCCGUUUUUUAGAUACCUGUGAAUUUAUUAUGGAACUAUUUUCCAAAUCAUUCUUUUGUAAAUACUUCUUUCUACCUGUGCUUGAGCUUACACAUGACCCAGUAGCAAAUGUGAGAAUGAAGCUUUGUUACUUGUUGCCAAAAGUGAAAUCUACUCUAAAGGUUCCCACAGACAAACAUUUACUACAGCAGUUAGAGUUAUGUAUAAGAAAACUACUGUGUCAGGAGAAAGAUAAAGAUGUUCUGACUAUUGUAAAAAGAACAGUGUUAGAACUGGACAGAAUGGAAAUUUCUGUGGAUGCUUUUCAGAAAAGGUUUUAUGAAAAUGAUUUGUUGGAUCAAGAAAAAGAGAGAGAAGAGCAUCUUCUUUUGGAAAUGGAACAAUUAGAAAAAGAGAAGCAGCAGAAUGAGGGGAGGUCUGCCAACAUCAGUGAUAAAAUGUUCGAAAAGAAGCGUAGAGACAGUAAAACAUCAUCAGCUUUGGCAAAAAAUAUACCUCUUUCUGUUUCUGGAAGCUCAACUCCAUCAACAAGCAAAGAAGGCAAGAAAUCCAAGUUGGUUCGAAGCCAGUCUUUCAGUACUCAAGCAUUGCAUCCAAAAUAUGGCAACAUUGACAAGUGUCCUAAUAAAAGUUCUGCAGCAGGAUAUUCCUCUUCUAUAUCAGGAGUUGGAAAGGGUUCUAUACUACCAUUUAGUGAAGAUUCAUUCCGGACUCGUUCCACCAGCAAUAUUGGGAAUGUUGCCUUUCCUUCCAGUUCCUCCUUAGCAACUUCCUCCCGCAAUUCAGUUAACUCAGUUGAUCAAAAAAACAAUGGGAAUAAAGAUAGCCAGUCACGAAAGAUGAGCUUAAAAAACAGAAAAUCAAACCCAUAGAUCAUCUGACAAAAAAGGAAGGAAACCAAAGACUGCUGGAAGCAAUGUGAUUGUGUGACAAAGCAGGAGCAGCGGCUGGGACUCCACAACUGGACAGGAGAUAUUUAAAGCAUCUUGCAAUGUUAAAACCUUUUAUCUUUUAAAUAAAAUUCCUAAGUUGUAAAAUAUCAUCACAUAAAUAAUGUAAUGGUUGCAGAAUUCCAAUGUUGUAGUGACAUGUUAAUGAAAUAUAACUUUAGCUAUGUGCUUUAAUUACUGCAGCUAAAGAGACAGGUUUUUCUUUUCUUCAAUUAUGCCUCUGUAGUUCAGAUUCUUGAAUUUAGGAUACAGGUCUCCUCAACUUAAUUGGGCUUACUCACAGUUUUAGCAGUUCCUAACAUCUGUUGGUUGAUAGAUGUUAAAAAUGGGUGAAAUUGCUCUGCAUAUGAGGAAAUGAUUUCACAUUUUAAAGAAUCUUCAAUUUAGUUGAUACUAAAAGCUGGAAGCACUGAUAAGCAGCUGUCCUGAAGCAUAAACUGCAAUAGGAUUGUGCUGUGAAUUUGAAUGUAGUCUUGCUACAAGUUCUAACACAAGUUUAUAAAAAUCCUUUACAAGUUUUCCAAACAUUUUAGGAGCAAAUACCUCUAAAUAUGAAAAUUAUUUCCUUUGUUUAAUAGAAACAGUUUUGUUGUAUAAAUACUUUAAUUUUUAGUAUUUCAGAUUGUAUUUUCACUUUAAUAAUUUUAAAAUGAUGAAUCUAGUUUUUAAUUAGCUGUUUAUUCAGGCUAUCAUGCUUCAGCUCUGUCAACAGCAUUUGUUUGUAUUAAUGCUAUGUUUCUAGCAAAAUUUGCCUGUGAAAACAUGGAGUUCUAUUUAAAAAAGUUCUAUUUAUGCCAAUACUUGAGAGAUACCGUAUGAAGCUAUUGUCAGCUUCUCUAUUUCAAAAUGCAAUCAGCAUAACUAUAUUGAUAUCAGAAAAUAUCUGUUUUUUAAAUCUAGGUGUAUGAUAAAGAUGAUCUAAUUUGUGAAUGCAUAUGUGUGUGUAGUUACUUUUUACAGUGUAAAAUAAUGAAUGAUUAAUUUACUCAAAAUAAAACCUAGGACAAUGCAAUACUUG